GAGUCUGUGCGGAAGUCAACGCAGGACAGGGAAGUUGUGAGCUUGUUUCUGCAGCUCUGUCAAUUUUUGAAACAGAUUGACAGCACAAGACAAAAUGGCGACCCAAAAGCUUGAUUAUCAGGGUGGGAAAGCGUAUGGUGAACGCAUGGAGAUGUUAAGCCAGAAACUGUCAGACAUUAAUGAGGACUUUCUGAAUGACAAGGACUACUCAGAGGUUGAAGAUUUGGCAGAAAAAUUAGCACAGUAUAAAGAAAAAUUUUUGGAGUUCGAUUUGGAUCAAAACCUUGAAAUUGGUAUGAUGGCUAUGAAACGUAUGAUGGAGAAGUUGGGACAGGCCAAGACACAUCUUGAGAUCCAGAAAAUGAUCAAAGAAGUAGAUACUACAGGGUCAGAGACCAUUAACUAUCGCGAGUUUGUCCUCAUGAUGCUGGGCGGCAAAAGCACGAUCCUCAAACUAAUUUUAUUUUUUGAAAAUAUCGGCCGUGCAGAGGAGAUUAAAACAGGAGUUCCACCAAAGCGCUCCCUAGAUAGUCUUCCUUGAAGAAAUUGUGGAAUAGAAACUGUACGCCUUUAAUUAUUUUUAGGACAGUAAAUGUUAGCUCUGUAAA